AUCUUUUUCGGUGCAUUUUCCCAGUAGGCCUUUGUGGGCUGUCCAUUCCACGGUGCAGCGCAUGGGCUUGUAGUUGGAAUCUAACUCGAGAAUUACUCAUCACUCACUACUCGCUUCUGUGGCAUUGCGAUCGCCCAUCAAGUGUCAAUGAAGGAAAGAGGGAAACAUUGAGGCUGGCCUACGUGGAUCUGAAUCCAUUCUGCCGCUCUAGAGACAGCCUGCCAACGUCAGAGAAUAAGGUGUCAAGGUCACUUCCUCUCAUGGCCUGCCGACCAUGUGGUCCAGGCACUUCCUCUUCCCGACCGUGGGCGCUCGUCCUACCGUGGUGCCCUGGAACCGCCGCCCGUCGUCUUCCUCGUAGCCCUCGCCACGAUGAUAUGCAACGGCUGCGCCACGCUCGCUGGGUGCAUCAUCUAACCACUUCAGUGUCCUCGACAGCCAAUGUCAGAACAACAGAAGCAGCGGAGCUGGAACGGCGGUUUGGUGGGCCCAAACCAGGUGACACGAUCGUCCUGGCCAUGUCCGGAGGUGUGGAUUCCUCGCUUUGCGCAUCUCUCCUACAUCGGGCUGGCCGCAGCUCUGCCUCUACCAUCUCCGGCGCAACAUACGAUUUACGUGCUGUCUACAUGCGCAAUUGGUCGACGCUGGACGAGAGCUCCUCCUUCGCACCAGGGAGCGGUGGCGCCUCUGGCUGUGAAUGGCAACACGAAUGGGCAGACGUCCAGCGUGUCUGCGAUCAUCUUGGUGGUAUACCCCUGCAGAUGAUCGAUCUCAGCGCAGAGUACUGGACGAGCGUGUUCGAGCCUGCACUCGAUGCGUGGAGCGAAGGGCAGACACCGAACCCAGACGUCAGCUGCAAUCGCGAGAUCAAGUUCGGCGCAUUGGUCAAGCGCCUGUUUGAAGAUGAAGACGCAGACAGCGAGCUAAAGUGCAAGGCGAAGAAGGGCAAAGCUUGGCUUGCCACCGGGCAUUAUGCAGGGAUUCGCUGGGAGAGGGAUGCAGAUGGAAGACCACACCCGCGUCUCGUAAGGUGCAAGGAUGCCAACAAGGAUCAGACGUACUACCUCAGCAGUGUUCCAGAAUCGGCUCUCAGGCUGGCACAUUUCCCUCUGAUCGACCUCCUCAAGUUACAAGUGAAGGAGCUCGCACGCGAGCAUGGCCUCCCGACUGCGGAUAGACCAGAGAGCAUGGGCCUCUGUUUCGUCGGCGAGCGCAAAGCAGGCCCUGUCACCGGAGAUCCUCCCCGAAUUCCCAAUUUUUCUCCCUUGACGCCAGGGCCUAGUAGUCAAUCUCACCCUGCCCACGCGAGGGAGAGGAGGAAUCAGCAACUGUCGACAGCACCGCGUGGCUUCGGUGCUUUCAUAGCAUCUUAUCUUGCCUCUCCUCCCUCUUCGUCAUCUGAUUCGACUUCUCCCCCUGCAGCCCAUUCUAGCACUUCUUCGCACGGACCCAUCCUCUCCUUUUUGACCGGCGAGCUUCUGGGCCACCACGCGGGCCUCCACACGUUUACAAUAGGCCAGAACGCACGAAUCGCAGGGAGCAAAUCGAAGAUGUUCGUUGCACGUAAAGACACGGGUAGCAACAGCGUCUACGUUGUCCCCGGGCGCACGCACGAUGCUCUGCUCGCGGAAAGCUGCACCGUGGGCCCCGGUGGCUUCAGCUGGAUCGAAGGAAGACCGCCGAGAGUGCUGCUUGAACGGGACACAGUGGCGGAAGAUGAUUAUGCUGCUCAAGGAGAAAACUGCAACAACGCACUACAUGGCGUGCUGCAUGCUUUUGCGCAAAUUCGGCAUCGUCAGAAGCCUGUUCCGUGCCGUGUCCGUCUUCUCCCUGCGCCGUCUGCUUCGUCCCCGUCUGCGAGCGUACAGGUGACGUUCGUUGCAGAUGCUUCCGCUUCCUCUGCGUUGCCUUCGCAGCAGCAGCAGCCUGUCGUCGAUGGCGUUGCACCGGGCCAAGUCGUUGCUCUGUGGGAUAGUGGCGAGGAAGGUGGCGUCUGUCUCGGUUCGGGCGUCAUUGAUGCCGUUUGGACUGUUUGGGACCGAGUGCAGAGGGAAAGGGAGAGUGCAGGCGAAGGCGAAGAAAUGCAAGGAGCAUGGCUUGAAAGACAGCAAUAACAGGUUGCGUUUUCUCUUUAUGUUUUCAUUCCACCAAUUACAUUAAAUUAGC